AUGUCCUGGGGCCCCAGAAGCAACGAGCCCAACGCGCCGGCCAGCGCGAACCUAGCCAGCGCGGCGGUGCCGAGCGCAGCGGUUUCGAGCGCGAAGCCGCGCUCGGUCUCUCCGCUGCAGUCUCGCUGGACCUCCGCGGUGUCCUCGGUGAGCCGCACGGCGCGGGCGGCCUCCGCGGUAAAGUCCAGCUCCUUGAGCCCCAGAAGUGGCACGGACGACCCGAAGCAGCUGAAGGAGCUGGCGAAAGAUUUGCAGCGCCAGCUGCAGCGGAAGGAGGCAGACGCCCAGCGGCUCACAGACCGCGUGCAGAAGCUUUUGGCCCUGCGGGACUCGCAGCUCAGCGAGCUGCAGGCGGAGAGCCGGCGCUUCCAGCAGGGCCUGGAGCAGGAGGAGGUGGAGGUCCAGCGCCUCAAGGGCCGCAGCAGCGAGCUGCAGGAGGCCUUGUGCGCGGAGGUGAAAGCGCGGCAAGUCUCCGAGCAGAGCCUCAGGCGCCCCUGCGCGGAGUGCGCCGAUGCGCGGCUGCAGCACACGGAGCUGCUGGCGGAGCUGCAGAUGCUGCGUCGGGAGAAGGAGACGUCGGAGGCGGUGAAGCUGCAGCUGAGGAAGAUGGAGUUCAACCAGGACCGCUUGCGGGACCAGCUGGUCAGCGACAUGGGUGCUUUGAUCGCACGGCACCAGCCGGAGCCUUCGCUUCAGGCCGAACCGCCGGAGCGCUCGAGCGCACUGAAGUCCGGCAGAACUGGGCUGCCGCACAUCGCGCCUGCAUGCGAAGACCCUCUGACCAAGAAGGCGGUGGCCAUGAUGAGACACGAGAUGUCCCGGAGCGGCCAGGACGAAUGGUUGCCGGGGCCCGGCGCCCUGGAAGAGCUUGCUUGCCGGGACCCGACCCGGCGCCCUGCAAGAACGUUGUUGCCGGGAGCUGGCGCCCUGAAGAAGCCCGGCGCCCUGGAAGAACUUGCUUGCCGGGACCCGGUGCUUGAAGUGCCGGGAGCUGGCGCCCUGAAGAAAUUGGUUGCGGGGCCCGGCGCCCUGGAAGAACUCGAUUGCCGGGACCCAGCGCCUGCAAGAACUUUGUUGCCGGGGCCCGGCGCCCUGGAAGAACUUGCUUGCCGGGACCCGGCGCUUGAAGUGCCGGGAGCUGGCGCCCUGGAAGAAAUUGUUUGCCGGGGCCCGGCGCCCUGCAAGAACUUUGUUGCCGGGACCCGGCGCCUAAGGUUGCCGGGGCCCGGCGCCCUGGAAGAACUUGAUUGCCGGGACCCGGCGCCCUGGAAGAACUUGAUUGCCGGGACCCGGCGCCCUGCAAGAACUUUGUUGCCGGGACCCGGCGCCUAA